AUGCACGCGGCGGCGGCGUGCGCGGCGGUCCGCAAACUGCCCCGGGGAGGCGCGGACCUAGCGGCUGCACGAGCACACGCGCCCCCUACGCCCCGCCCCUUACGCCCCGCCCGUCGCUUGCUGCCCUCUGAUUGGUCGAGCCCGGCCGCGCGGGGCCCCUGGCGCUCACCCAUCCACGCAAGCCGCCGCCGCGCGCCACCGGGUGCGCAGGGUGCGCGGCUCGGCCUGUGCUGCCGUUGCUUUCGGGAAGACGAUGGAGCUCGCCCGCCUCGCUUGGCUUUUGGUUUUCUGACCCCUUUGCAUGACUGUUGGCAAAAGGGAUUGGAGGCUGUCGUCAUUGGAGAAGUUCAAGAGAAUGUUACCCUGCACUGUGGCAAUGUCUCGGGACCGAGGGGCCUGGUGACCUGGUACUGGAACGACUCGGAGCCUGUCUUCCUUGUCUCCUCCAAUUCUAACCUCAUCCCGGCCGAGCCUCGCUUCUCUCUUGUGAACGCCAGCUCCCUGCACAUCGAGGCGCUGAACCUGCAAGAUGAGGGGAACUACACCUGCCAGGAGAUCCAGAAUGAGACUCAGUGGUUCCAAGUGUGGCUGCGGGUGGCCAGUGGCCCCUAUCAAAUUGAGGUCAACAUCUCGGCCACCGGCACGCUCCCCAAUGGCACUGUCUACGCAGCCAAGGGUUCCCAGGUGGACUUUAGCUGCAAUAGCAGCUCCUGGCCUCCGCCCAUGGUUGAGUGGUGGUUCCAGGCCCUGAAUUCCAGCCGCGAGAUCUUUAGGAACAACUCAGUGCUCAGCUCUUUCAAGCUGUUACUGAUGUCACCAAACCUCCAAGGGAACUACACCUGUUUGGCUGUGAAUGAGCUCAACGGGAGACAGGCAAAGGUGACCACCGAGCUCCUGGUCUACUACCCCCCUCCAUCAACUCCUCGGUGCUACGCAGAGGCGUCAUCAGGAUCGUUCAUGCUGCAGCUCACGUGUCGCUGGGAUGGGGGAUACCCUGACCCUGACUUCAUGUGGACAGAAGAGCCAGGAGGUGUGAUCGUGGGGAAGUCAAAGCUGGGGGUGGAAAUGCUGAACCAGUCCCAGCUGUCGGAUGGCAAGAAGUUCAAGUGUGUCGGGAGCCACAUAGUGGGGCCAGAGUUGGGAGCCAGCUGCAUGGUGCAGAUCAGGAUCCCCUCCCUUCUCUCUGAUCCCAUGAAGACUUGCUUCGUGGGAGGCAACGUGACAUUCGCCUGCCAAGUGUCUGGAGCCUACCCUGCUGCCAAGAUUCUCUGGCUGAGGAACCUCACCCAGCCCGAGGUGGUCAUCCAAUCCGACAGCCACUAUCUUAUUACCCAGAAUGGCCAGAACUCCACCCUCACCAUCCACAACUGCUCCCAGGACCUGGAUGAAGGCUACUAUGUCUGCCGGGCUGAGAACCUCGUGGGGGUGAGGGAGGUAGACAUCUGGCUGAGCGUGAAAGAACCUUUAAACAUCGGGGGAAUUGUGGGGACCAUUGUGAGUCUCCUUCUGCUGGGACUGGCCAUUAUCUCAGGACUUAUGUUGUAUCACAGUCCUGUGUUCUGCCGGAAAGUAGGAAACACUUUCAGGGGACAAGACAUGGGUGAUGUCAUGGUUUUGGUGGAUUCAGAAGAGGAAGAGGAGGAGGAAGUAGAAGAAGAUGUGGCAGAAGAGGAAGAGGAGGGAGCAAAUGACAGAGAAGGGUUGCCAGAAGAAAUACCCAAGCAUGACCACAUUUAUAGAGUGACCGCACUGGUGAAUGGGAACAUAGAACGGAUGGGAAAUGGAUUCCAGGAUCUGCAAGAUGACAGCAGUGAGGAGCAAAGUGACAUCAUUCAAGAAGAAAGCAGGCCAGUUUGAAGAAGAUUGUCCACUGCUGUGUUGUCUUGAAAAGCUGGAAAGCUACAUUGAAGAUGAGCUCUUCAUUCAGCUUUGACUCGACCUAUGCCCCUGCUGGGGGCUUACA